AUGUGGAAGUGCUUUCUUUUCGUUGUGUUUGCAGCUUUAACUUUCACUUACACACAGGGAGAAUCUUUGCGAGAAAAACGAGGAGUUUUCGCGAAGAAUUUCUUCGGAGGUGUUUGGGGGAACCGACCACCUCUGCUUGAAGCUAAUCAGCCGAGAACAACAUGCACAUGCAAAUGCGGUGAAAGAAACGAAGUGUCGCGAAUAGUUGGAGGGGCUGAAGCCGGAAUAAAUGAGUUCCCCUGGAUGGCUAAAUUAUCUUAUUUCAAGAGAUUUUACUGCGGAGGGAUGGCCAUCAAUGACAGAUACGUCUUAACAGCCGCGCAUUGCGUUAAAGGCUUUAUGUGGUUCAUGAUAAAGGUCACAUUCGGCGAACACAACCGGUGUAAUGUAACCCAGAGACCUGAGACUCGCUUCGUCAUCCGAGCUAUUGCAAAUAAGUUCACUCUAACAAAUUUUGAUAAUGACAUCGCCUUGCUACGCCUCAAUGAGAGAAUUCCUAUGUCAGGAUCAAUCAAGCCGAUAUGCUUGCCUACAGAUAGCUCCGAAUUGUACGUUGGAGUGAAAGCCGUUGCGUCAGGUUGGGGGACUCUGACGGAAGAAGGCAAGGUAUCCUGCUUAUUGCAAGAGGUAGAAGUACCAGUUAUGAGUAAUCAGGAGUGCAAGAAUACAAAGUAUACUUCCAGUAUGAUUACAAACAACAUGUUGUGCGCUGGUUACCCUAAAUCGGGGCAGAAGGAUUCUUGCCAGGGUGACAGCGGCGGGCCGCUCAUAGCCGAGAGAAAGCAAGACAAGCGGUACGAGUUAAUAGGAGUUGUCUCUUGGGGUAACGGUUGCGCUAGAGUUGGCUACCCCGGGGUCUACACGAGGGUAACGAAUUAUUUAGACUGGAUUCGAGAAAAUACACAAGACGCCUGCUAUUGUAAUGAAUGA